AUCAGUGAUAGAAAUGAAAUCCUACAUUACUUUUAUUCCAAGUUUGACAAAUCCUACAUUGCUGGCUUAUGUAAAGAACUUGCUAAAGGUGCCAAAGAAAAGAAAGACAAGAUAUGUCUGGAACUUUUCAAACAAGCUGGGGAAAUUUUAGCAGAACACAUUCUUGGAGUUGGACCAAGAAUUGCAGAGGAAUUACUGAACACACCCAGUGGAUUACAGGUUGUCACAGUAGGGUCUGUCUGGAAAAGCUGGGACCUCAUGAAGGACGGUUUUGUGAGUGUUUUAAAGGACAGGAAAAGGAAUACCAGAAUAUCUAAGAUAAGUUUACUAGAACUGAAGGAGUCAGCAGCUAUAGGAGCUGCCAGUUUGGGGGCCAAGUCAAUCAAACUUAGUCUGCCUAUCAACUAUCAAAACAAUGCCUCUCUCUAUUUCCAGGCAGAAUUUUGAAUGACAUGACAUAUUUCAGGCAAAAUGAUGGUAAAAUUCAUAGGUUGCAUUUUGAUGUCUUUUUUUAUAGCCAGGGAAUAUUUCUUUAAAUUUCUUUUAAGAAAAGGUCUAAUUUAAACAAUAAAAUGCUUUCGUUGAUUGUUAGAUGUGAAUUAAUGUUGCAGCUUUUGUAGAAAAAAAAGCAUAACCCACUUAAGUGCAAAUUUAAUAUUAUAUGCUUGUAUAAUGUGAAAUUUCAUAUU